AAUCCUUGACGAAGACACCAAGAACAAUCAUAUAGCCAGAUUAUGAGCUUCUGUAGUUAAGCCAUAAUCUCUACAAAAUCCGCCUAUCGAACAUAAGUGACCCUUGUCAUGAAGUUUGCCAAGUUGUUUGAACAAACCCUCCGCGAGGAGUCCAUCCCCGAAGAGUGGAUCCAGUCAUCCAUCAAGUAUAAACAGUUGAAAAAGUGCAUCAAUAAAGUUGUCGACGAGCUUAAUGACCUUGGGCUUGAGAAGUCGGUGUUAAGCACCUUGAUCCAGCAGAAAAUGGGCGAUGACGGCGUCCCAAAGAUUGAAGAACUUGACGAUGGCGUUCCAAGAGCCACCGCGGCCAAGCCAAGUGCCAAAUACUUGUUAGACAAGGACUUGAAAAACCUUAGACCGGUGUUGACCAUUGACGUGUCUGCUUUGUCUCAGACCCAAGAGAAUGGCAAGAUAGAGGGGACCGGCGAUAGCCAGUACGUUCAAGAGGCCUUGCAGAGACUUGUCGAACAGAGGGAGCUAUCUCUAUCCCCAUGCACGUCCACGUCGGACUCCGAUAACGAGCGUCUUAUUGACGGAAUCACAACCGUAACUUUAUCGGAAAAUCCAUCUCCAUUAAUGUACAAGGAGACCUCCCCGGAGCCGGUUCCAAGUGACGGCUUUAGUUCUGAUACUACCCUCGUGUUUCGCCUUAAAUCUGACGGUGAGUUUUUCCACAUGCUUUCGACGGAGCUACAGGACUUGGAUACGUUGAAGAUCAGACAAGAAAGCCAGAUGUUCAGCACUGUCCAGCAAGUCGGUGAUGUCAUCAACAAGUAUUCUGCCCCCUCUACUAGAAGGUCCGAUAUGUAUGCCUGGAGAAACAUCUUCUGUGCUUACAUCGAGUCUGAAGUGUUCUUCCGCAACAAUAUUAGUGGGACGUCCGACAAGGAUGUUCAAAAGUCCAAGGAAAACUUCCAGAAGUUCCUUGGAAUUCUAGAAAAGGGCAAAUACUACGAUUUGUUCAAGAACAAGCAAAGUACGAAAGCUUUGAAUGAGUUCAUUGGGUUGAAUUACUUGCUUUUGAAGUUGCUACAGUUCCAGCAUAUCAACAGAAUGGCCAUCACCAAGAUUUUGAAAAAGUUUGACAAGCAAACUUCCUUGACAGCAAAGACCCAAUUCCCAGAGCUCAUUUCCACUGAUCCUUUCAUCAAGGAGUCCUUCGCCAAAACCAUGUGCGCCAUCAUCUCAAACAAGCUUCUCACCAUUGUUCCCCAGUUGGACGACUACGAGUGCCCAAUUUGCACCUCGAUUGCUUUCAAGCCGAUUAAGCUCAGCUGUGGUCACUUGUUUUGUAUUCGGUGCUUAGUGAAGCUCCAAAGGGCAAACAAAGAGUCGUGUCCUUUGUGCAGGGAGCGUAAUGUUUUGGAUGCUGAUUCUGCUAACAUGGAUGCCGACGCCUUAAAGUACAUGCAGUUGUAUUUCCCGAAAGAAGUGAAGGCAAAACAGAAGGAAACAGAGAGCGAAAUAGCCAGGGAGCAAUUCGUGGCGGUGUACGGGGAACCAAAGAAGUGUUUGGUUCAGUGAAGGGGUCGCAGGCUCAUUAGCCGAGCGACCAAGUGCUCUCCCCGGGAAUGUAUAGAAGUUUUGUAUGGUGCAUAUUUAAUGAGUUUACAGAGGUAGUAUGUAGCCAAGCGUGCACGAUCAAGAGCUCUAUGCACACCGGAGUAAUCUAAACCGAAGGGACUUCCAUAAGCUCGCAGCUCCUGAUUUCAAACACCCCUCUGCGAUAAAACACGCAAAGCUUUUGUACCUGUGAAUAGGGCUUACCAAUUUAGGUUUACAGAGACCCCUAGCGUAGGGUCAGUCCGAU